AUGAGUACUAUGGCUACAGUGAAUACACUAAAAUUAGCCUUCUUCAAAGAUAUAUCAAGAAAUAUACAAGAGUUAAACAUGUGUGGUAUAAGUGAUUUAAAUAAGAAAACACUAAUAUCUAGUAUGAGUAAACUAAAAUGUCUAAAAACAUUAAAUAUUUCUUACACAAAUAUCAAUAUUUUAGACUUUAUUGAAAUCUAUCAAGCAUGCCCAAGUAUAAAAAACAUUACAAUUGAUUUUAUUUUUACGAACAAUAAUCAGCAUAAAUUAGCAAAGAAGACAUUAAUACAAUGUCAAGAAGUAUUCAGGAACAUUGAGAGUGUCAAUUUUGUUGGAAAUGUUAGCAAUUUACUGUAUUCACAACUUCCAUGUUUUAUUUUAAAUAAAGCAAAGCUAAAAACACUACAAUAUACAAUCACGAAUUGUGAAAUGGUUACUUAUGAAAAUGAAGAAUGUGAAGAGAGUUUACACUUUGAUGAAUUUUGUCUCUAUUUUUUUGAUGGAUUAAAUCCAAGCAGAUACUAUUGCUUUCUCCUUGAAAUGUAUUUAUUUACAAUGCUGAACUUCCAAGAUUACGAAGUUAUUAUUAUAUUCAAAUUGGAUGCUCCAAAGAGUACUAUAUAUGCAACACCUAUAUUUAAAAGCUUUUUUAGCAAGCAUUUUGAUUUAAAUGCAGAAUGCCUGUUAGACUUUGGUGUUACUUUAACUGGUAAUGCUUGUGUAAUGCUUUGGAGUAAAACAGUUACACAAUUUGAUGAGGCAUUUUAUAAAAAUCUAUUACAAAAAUUGAAACCACUUUUUCCAUUUUCUUUCAAGUCAUCAGCAAAUACUCCAGUUCCUUUAAGCUAUGAUUGGUAUUGUACUAUUCCUACACAAGAGAAUGAUUUAGGUUCAAGUUUUGUUAAUGAAGUGGGCUUUAAAAGGCGGAGAUGUGUACAACCAAAUUUUAUCAUAAACUACGAUAAACAAUUUCAAAAUAAAUCUCAGUUGCAAUUAAGUUUACAUUUCAAUGGUAAAAUUAAAAGUGGUGUUACAUUAUCAACAAAUAGUGAUUAUUUAAGAAAAUUAACUUAUUUGAACUUAUGUGGUGUUGUGAGAUAUAGUUCGGAUUUUUUUAACUUAUUAUUUCGAUGUUGCAAUCAACUUAUUACUCUGAACAUAGAAGUCCCUCCUAUUUGUUCAUGCUUUGCAUCAAUAUCAAGAUCUAUUCCCUUGAGUCAAACCCUCAAAAAUAUUAGACUGAUGGAUAAAAGAAUUGAUUUUGAGCUUAUGUUUUCAUCUAUGAGCCAGUGUAAUACAUUAGAAAAUGUCAAUAUAUGUGAUAUGUCUUCAGACACUUUUAAUUUAUCCGACCCAUUUAUUAUGUUUCAAAAAUGUAAUAAUUUAUAUUGCUUAUACGUUUAUGGAUCAGUAACAGAUACUAAUCAAUCUAAAAAAUUAAAAAUUAUUAAAUCUGCCAAAACAAAGAGUCAAAAAUCACACAUAAGAGUAAAUGUGUUUAACAAUAGAGAAUUUUGUCAUGAUCCAUUUGUUGCUGUAUUUAAAUUGAAUCCAAUAAAACCAAUU